ACUUAUAUCUGGUGCGGGUUCAUCUUGGGUUGCGGGCCGGCGGGUCACGCGAGCGCGCCGCGGCAGAGCGACGCCGCGCACCAGCCCAGCGCCAUGCCUCCAGCCUCCGCGCCCGCGCUACGAGCCAGCAUCAUCUGCUUCACACUCUCAGCAACCCUAUUCCUCACACCAGUAGAGAGCAUUCCGACAACUCAACUGUAUGUGGUGUGCCAAGACGCCGGCUCGAAGAUAUGUGUUACAUGGCCAGUGGAUUUUGCAACAGCUAAUGAAUUGGAAAAGCAUUUCUAUCGACCAAAUGACCGUGAACGCUGCGGAUUUAGUGAUCUAAAUCGUAUCCCGCCCCACCGUAAAUUUAUAGCGGUCCAACUUUUCAACUCCAAGACAGAUCGCUUCUUCUGUAAUUCAAUAAAACUUAAAACUGGAGCUCCGAUCAGCCCCUUAGAGCAGAAAAUAAUAAGAGCACGAAGACAAGCUAACUAUGGGUUGAGAGGGAGGUACAGGGGUCAGACACAGUCGCAAUACCUGUCAAUAGAUAGAGGAAAUGGAAAAGAUGAAGGAAAGGCGGAAGCGCACUCAGCAGCUGAUUCUUCAAGGGCAAUCGUCAGUGGCAACAGUGGCAUGGGACAAGCGCAAAGUCAAACAGUAUAUGAUCCAAGUUGCGAAGAUUGUGUUGGCCGAUCUGAUACUGAGUUGGCAAGCUUAACACGUGGACCAAAACCACCAACGAAUGGUUUAUACAACCCUAAUCUUAAAAAUGAUUACAACAGGCCAGGCCAAAAUAUACCCAGUACUGUUUAUCCAGGUUUAAAUGGAGAUGGCUCCGGAUCAAACAUGCCUGGUGGAGGCCUAAACAUAAACCGAAAUAAUGAUCCUCGUUUGCCUAACAAUCAACAAAACCCGUUAGGUAACAAUUAUCAAACUAAUCAGCCGGGAGGAACCAACGGGCCUAAUGGGUUACCUCAGUAUGGUACACAGCCAGAUCAAAGAGGGAGAGAUGGUACGAUGAAUAACGGUAACUUGCCAAAUCAAUCAGGUAGAUUUGGUAAAACUGAUCAACCAUUAUCUUCUAAUAUACCUCCCGAAAACAUUGCUAAUCCGGGGGUCUUUGCGAAUAAUGUCCCAAACGGACCCGGUUUGAUAAAUCAACAAUCACCGAAUGCAAACACCCACUGGACUAAUGGAAUUCCAGGUGGUAAUAUAGAUAUAACCAGGAUACCAACCAAUGGAAAUGUGAAUGGUGGUCAUGGUGGCGGUCCUGGUGGUGGUACUGGUGGAGGUGUACCAAAUAACGUUCAAAACGGGAAUCAACCCAAUAACGGUUAUUCUCCUCAUCAGACAGGAUCAGUAAAUGGCGGAUUACCACCAAAUCAAAAUGCAUUAUUACCAAAUUCUAUCAACAACCAACCCGGGGCACCUAAUGGUAAUACUUUAACAAAUUUUCCGGGCUCAGGUGGCGUCGUGGGAGGCGGAGGUAACCCCUUUAAUUGGCCAAUAUUAUCAGAUAUAUUGCGACAAAGAGGGCCUGGUUCUACAUAUUUUUGCUGCGUUGUAGGUCCCGAUAGUAAUAUUCAAAACAUAUAUGGACCUAACGGCAAUAAUUUAUACAAACAGCCACCAUAUGCCGGCCUAAAUAAUAUACCGAGUGGAGCUAACGGUGGCGGUCAAGCUUCCAUUGGUCCAAAUGGAGGAGUAGGCCAAACUCCUACCGGGUCAUACGGAGGGUCGGGUCAACAAUCUCCAGGUCAAUACGGAGGAUCGAAUUAUAUACCAAAUGGUCAAUACGCAGGAACUGGUCAACCACCUAUUGGCCAAUAUGGGGGGACUGGUCAAACGCCCACUAGUCAAUAUGGAGGAACGGGACAAACUCCCACUGGUCAAUAUGGGGGGACAGGACAAACCCCCUCUGGCCAAUAUGGGGGGACUGGUCAAAGUCCUAUUGGCCCAUAUACAGGAUCUGGUCAAUCUCCAAGUGGACAGUAUGGAGGAACUGGUCAAACACCAAGUGGUCAGUACGGAGGAACUGGUCAAACACCAAGUGGUCAGUACGGAGGAACUGGUCAAACUCCAAGUGGUCAGUACGGAGGAACUGGUCAACACCAAGUGGUCAGUACGGAGGAACUAGUCAAACACCAAGUGGUCAGUACGGAGGAACUGGUCAAACACCAAGUGGUCAGUACGGAGGAACUGGUCAAACACCAAGUGGUCAGUACGGAGGAACUGGUCAAACACCAAGUGGUCAGUACGGAGGAACAGGUCAAACACCAAGUGGUCAGUACGGAGGAACUAGUCAAACACCAAGUGGUCAGUAUGGACCAAAUGCCAGGUGGUCAGUAUGGAGCAACCGGUCAAGCACCUGGUGGUCAAUUAGGAGGAACAGGCCAAGCUACACCUGGUCAAUACGGAGGAACAGGACAAACCCCUACUAGCCAAUACGGAGGGACAGGUCAAACUCCAACUGGUCAAUAUGGAGGAACAGGGCAAAUUCCCCCUGGUCAUCAAGGAGGAACCGGUCAAGGUGGGCAAUAUGGAAACUCAGGUCCAAAUCCUCCUGGUCAAUACGGCGGAACAAAUCAAGGUCCUACUGGAUCAUAUGGAGGACAAACUCCAAUAGGGCAAUAUGGAGGGACUGGUCAAACCCCUACUGGUCAGUACGGAGGCGUUACAGGCCCUACAGGUCAAUAUGCAGGUCAAGGUCCGACUGGACAAUAUGGAGGAACAGGUGCAACUCCCACGGGUCAAUACGGAGGACCAAGACAAAUUUCCAAUGGACAAUAUGGUGGAGUAGGUGUUACUGGUCCAUACGGCGGUUCAGGUACCACUCCAAUUGAGCAGCUCGGAGGAACUGGACAAUACGAAAUACCAGGUCUGAAUCCAACGGGCCAAUACGGUGGGCCAGGUCAAACUUCAACUGGUCAAUAUGGAGGACCAGGUCAAACUCCUGAACAGACAGGGGAUAAAAAUCAAAUUUCCACUGGACAAUAUGGAGGACCAGGUCAAACAUCAACCGGACAAUACGGAGGAACUGGUCAACCUCCUAAUGGACCAUACGGUGGCACAGGUCAAGGCCCUAAUGGACCCUAUGGGGGUACAGGGCAGCCCAUUAAUGGACCUUACGGAAGCACAGGGCAAACGCCCAACGGGCCGUACGGAGGCACAGGACUCGCUCCAAAUGGUCAGUACGGAGGGUCAGGGCAAAUGCCUAACGGACCAUAUGGAGGCUCAGGACAAACGUCAUCAGGACCGUACGGCGGCACAGGGCAAACUCCCAAUGGACCGUACGGGGGCUCAGGACAAACUCCUACAGGAACAGGACAAUCGUCAACUGGGCCGUACGCAGGCGCAGGAAAUAGUCCUAACGCACCAUAUGGAGCGACAGGACAAACACCUAACGGACCAUAUGGAGGUUCUGGUCAGACAGUCGACAAAGAAGCGAAUGGAGCUGUAGGCAAUGAAUACGGUGGUAAUGGUGUGCCCCAAAAUGUUGUAGACCCCAAUUCAAUAUCAUCUACGUUUGAUGACUAUGACUCGGAAGCUGAAGCCAGUGUAGCACAGGCUGUCAAUGGCACAACCGCUUUGGCUUCUUCCAAAGGAGGCAAUGAGAAGGGACGCGCACAAACACAAGUUGAAGGGACCUAUUCGGGAACCGGAUCAUUUUCAGCUAACGCAGAAAUAAGUGACGACAAUAAAGCAGCACAAAGUCACGUAUCGGGAAGCAAAAAGGGUGCAUCAAGUAGUGCAGAAGGCAGAGGGCGUAAAAAUAAAUCUCAAGCUUCAGUUAAACUCGGAUCAGAAACUGGUUCCAUACUCACAGAUUCUCAAAGUAGCGGAGAUAUGCAUUCAUCAAGCUCACAAGUCCAAGGCAGUGUUAAGGGUGGCAUGGCCGACGCCCAAGCCAAAGGUCCUGGAAGUACAUCAUCUCAAGCACAAAUUGGAUUUACACCUUAUAAAGACGAAAAUAAAGAGCAACAUGACAAACUAAAGGUACCGUUUGAAGGUGGUGGUACAUCAUCUGCUCAGUCAAGUCGGAGGAUGGGUACAUCACAGUCUCAACUACGUGGGACAUUCAAAUACGGCAUUAGUUAUAACGGCGCAGCUCAAGCUGGAUCUAGUUUGGAUAAAGACGCAGUCUUUUCAAAUCUUCUUCCUUUUGACAAAAUAGAUGUGUUUGAUGACAAGAAUAAAAAUAUUAAUGUCGACAUUACCACUACUGAGAAAACACCCGAAAUUUUUCUGACUAAAACUGAAUAUUACGAAGAAAGUACCACCACAGAAAAGACGGAUAUUGAAAACGAAUACAAUGAAAAUAUAGAAAACGAUUUUUCCGAUCAUCGACAUUUAGAUCAUCACAAAACUGAAAAUCAAGAGAAUGCUACAACGCUUGCUCCUGCUGUAGACAACAAACGAUCUUUCCAGACUAAUUAUGCCAAUAAUGGGGCAGAUUAUGAAUAUCCUAUUGAUAAGGAUGAAACACCAGACGAAUAUGAAAUAGACGACGGUUAUGGUUCAGAUGGUAAUGACAACGCACCUGUAGAGCAAGGCGAAUAUGCAAAUUACGAUGAUAUAGCCAGAGAUGCAGAAACCACACAUCAGUCAUUGCAAAGUGCAAACAAGAAGGCCUAUGAAAUAAAACAAACAACUGGUGGAAAUACACAACACAUUAUUUUAGGUUCGUUGAACAAUCAUGAUGCAAAAAUUAUUCAAAGAAACUCGGAACAUCCCGACGAAGCUCGUGUUUAUCAACCAGGAGAAAAAGUACCUGGUAUGGGCGGCUACACAAUCCCCGCUGGGUUCACUGGUAGUGUGAAAUCAGUUGCCUCGAAAGACAAGACGUACGUGGUAGGUUCUAAGUAUUCACCGUCACAAGCGCAGACUGUCAAAUUAACUCCGGGGACUGGAAAAAUUAAAUAUGUUUAUCCAAAUAACUAUGGAAAAAAUGUUAAUCCGAAAGAGUUGAGAUCACUUUAUCAUCCCAAAACCGACGAUAAUCGAUAUGUAUCAGUUUCAAAGUCAGUGACUCGCGAUUUAGAUAGCGAAAGUAAUAUUAGAAAACAGUACUCACAUACUUAUUACACCAAAUCAUCGUCUUGUGGAUAUUUCACAUUCUCGUGCACCAUGGUAAGCAGUGCCGAGGGUAAAAAGAAAGUAUGUAAGCCUAAAAUUCCAACUAAUCCAGAUGGUACUCCUAUGAGAUGCUAACAUUGAUUUUAAUUGAAAGUAAUUCAAUCAGUUUUAAUAAAGUUUAUAUAAGUAUUUAAAUAACAUCACCCCGGAAUGAAUGUUUAAUUUACUUUAAUUUUAAUGUCUAGUAUUUUCAUGGUGGCUUUGGGGCCGACUGACGGCUUGGAGCGCGGAUUAAGAAUAUGAAUAACUGAUUAUGAUUGAUCUGAAUGAAAGUAUAUUCGAGUGAUAAAUGUUUAAAAAAACACGACGCACUACAAAUAAGAACAUAGUUAAUAUUA